AAGACUGUGGAAAUCUGCAGGUGUGUGGUAUCAACUGAGGAACUGGAGAACGACAUAGAUUUGUUGUGUUUACGCUUCAAGAGAUUGACAAUGACUACUUUCAAUCCCCUUACUGCCAUUCUUACCCAAAACAAACUUGAGGGUCCAAAUUAUGUUGAUUGGAAACGAAAUUUGGAUAUUAUUCUAAUUGCUGAAGAGUACAAAUUUGUGCUUGAUGAGGUGUGUCCAGAAAAACCUGGAAAUGAUGCCACAGAUGAUGAACAGAAGGCUUACCAGAAAUGGAUUAAGGCUGAUGAGAUGGCGCGGUGUUACAUUUUGGCAUCCAUGUCGAAUGUUCUGCAACAUCAGCUUCAGUCGAUGGAGUCUGCUUAUGACAUUCUGGAGAAUCUCAAAGAAAUGUUCGGAGAUCAGAAUCGUGCGGCUAAGCAGACUGUCAUGAAAGCCCUUCUAAAUACCAAAAUGGUUGAAGGUUCAUCGAUCAGGGACCAUGUUCUGAAGAUGAUGAGUCUUCUGAAUGAACUGGAGGUCCUUGGAGCUAACAUUGAUAAGGACACGCAGGUUGAAAUGAUCCUGCAAACUUUGCCUGAUAGUUUUCAGCAGUUUCGCCUGAAUUAUAACAUGAACAAAAUGGAUUUGUCCCUUGCGAAAUUGUUGAAUGACCUGCAAUCGGCAGAGACUAUUAUCAAGUCCCAAGCUCCUCCCGUGGCAUUGAAUUUUGAGGAAGGUUCUUCUUCUAAGCUGAGAGGCGGGCAGAAAAAA